AUGCGUCUUCCACUGUCAUCGCAUCUUCAUCGUCUACGCCGGCCACCUCGAAUCUCCUCAACAAAUCCACCGCAUCUAAGUGGGUCACCACCACCUUCUCAUUCUUCCCAUUCACGGACAGAUGAUCUAGGGGCAGAUGGAUCGCGUCCGAAUUCACCGUCAAUUGGGGAUAACAGAGCAAGUUCUGUAGACACGAGCAGGCAAAGUGUGCUGCAACUCUUUAAGGAGGAUUACGCAUCGUGUAGGAUAUACAUGAAGGAUAUCGAUUAUAGAGAAGCUUUGAGAAAGGCGUUGAGACGACACAUGUAUAAGUGGUAUGCGAUUCUUGUGAUAGCUAUAAUCCUCACUGCGCUGCUAACGGCGAAACACGAGAGCGUGGUCAAAUUCUGUGAACCUGUAACAAGAACUAUAAGAGCAUGGCCUGGGGGAUGGCUGAUACCUCUUGCGAUAUUGAUUGUCGUUUCCUUUCCUCCCCUGGUCGGACAUGAGAUCGUCGGAAUAUUAUGUGGUCUGGUGUAUGGAUUAUGGAUUGGAUUUGCCAUCCUCGCUGCGGGAACUUUUUUGGGAGAGAUCGCUACGUGGAUAGCUUUUAAGUGGUUUUGUCAAGGUCGAGCUCAGAAAUUUGAGAAGAAGAAUAAGCUAUACGCUUCUUUGACCCAAUUGAUCCGAGAGAAGAGCUUUAUGUUUACAUUAAUUCUACGAUUCAGUGCUGUUCCGGGACACAUAACAACAGCUGUUAGUGCGAGUGCCGGUGCCAAUUUCUGGAUGUACCUAGCAGCUGCCUUUCUGACAUUGCCCAAGCAAUUCACAAUUGUGUAUCUUGGUAAAGCCUUCGGAACUCAAUCACGGAAAAAUACCAUCAUAUCCAUCAUCACCACAGUUUUAACACUCAUAGGUACAGUAAUUGCUGCUUUGUACAUCUACUACCAAAUGAGGAUCGUCAUGAAACGGAACACAGCCCUCGUACUCCCAACAGUGAUAGAACCUGAUUUAUCAAUGACGAUGUCAGAGUUUGUUGAUGAAAAAGCUGGAUCAUCCAAUUUACAUGCUAGAAGACCUUGGCUUUUCACUCGAGGCAGUACAAUGGAUAUUGAUGAAGGUGGAAGUGGCUUCAGGACACCCACCAGAAGUUGGUCAAUGCCUGGACAUAUGAACGAGGAUGAACUAAGAGAAUGGGUCAAAGAAAUGGAGUAUGAACAAUCUACCAAUGCAGGGUUAAGUUUCAACAAUGAAAGAAGUGGCAAAACACCAGCCAUCAGAAUUGAUGAUCAUGGAUCAACUUCUGGUAUCUUCGAUAACCUCCCACCUGUGUUCACACCUGCCUUAGAAGUCCCACCUGGAUUCUCAAGCAAUUCACUGUCACCAUCACCAGCUCCAAGUGGAAGAAAUACCCCUUACCUUGUGGAUUCGGAUAAUCUCACUGCUUCAAACGCAACGAAUCAUGAUCUACCGCCUACAUACCCACCCACACCGCCUAAAAGGGGCGAAUCGUCUACACCCAAACCAGCGUCCUUCGAGACUCCCCGUGGGAGAGGCGGAAGGGAGAUAGCGGAUGAGGCAGACGCUUAUGCUGUGUCAAAAGGUGCUAGAAGACCCGAUUACGGUAGAAUGAGAGGUGAUUCAAGGGCGGCUCUAUUAGGUAGACCGGUUGAUGAUGGUGCCCUAGAGCUGGGUGGGGGAAGUUGGAGAAGAGACUACACGAGAUCAAGAGGUGAUUCUGGUGCGACAUCAUCAGGAAGACCAACUUCGGAAGAUUUAGGAGAUGCUAUAGUCAAUUGGAAACGAGAUUAUGGUAGGAGUAGAGGUGAAAGCGGUGCCGCGUUAUUAGGUAGACCAUCCUCAGCGGAUCUCACAACAGUAUCAGGCUUAAAUAGGGUCAGUAUUUUGGAGAAUAGGGAGAAACAGUCGGAAGAUCAACUUGUUGAAGAACUGAAAGAAUAG